UCUUUCAACGUCCUCACUACCACACCAUCAGAGCUGCGAAAACGCCUGAAAGCGGGAACAUUGACAAGUGUUGAAAUAAUUACUACUUAUCUAGCCCAAAUAGGAAAACACAAUCAUGUUUGAGCGAAGUUAAAUGCAAUGAUAAGCGUUGCACCCAUCGAAUUGGUGUUGGAGGCUGCUGAGAAGCUAGAUCAUGAGUGAGUCAAUGGAAAACUCGAGGGCUAACUUCAUGGACUGUCGAUUAUUGUUAAGGAUUGCUUUCAAUUUGGACCUGAGCUAGGACUGAAGACCACUGUCGGAGCAGUUUGUUUUGCGGAGGAGAAAGCGAUGAAGAACGCUGAAGUGAUGGAGCAACUCAUCAAGAAAGAGGUGAUCAUCUUGGGAAUAGCGAAUUUAUCGGAAUUCUGCGGGUAUAUAGCAGAGAAUAUGACGCCGGGAUGGUCUGCUGUUGGGGGGCAGACGAGGUCCGCAUACGAGACAGGUCCCCCACCAGAUUUCAAAGUGCUAAUUAUGGCCAUGCCGUGUAGUGGCCCUUCCUCUGGAUCAGCAGUCGGAGUCUCAGCAGGCUUCGCUCCCCUGUCCCUCGGGACCGAGACUAGAGGCUCACUCGUAUACCCCGCUAGCAAAGCAGGCCUGUAUGCCAUGAGACCUGCUCACGGAUCUGUCUCUGCCAAAGGUGUCUUUCGAAUUUCUCGGUCAUUUGAUGUAAUAGGUUUAAUGGCGAGAACACCGUCUGAUGUAAACCUUUUGGCGGAAAGCAUUUGACUCCCAAAUAAUUGAUUAAUUGAUUGAUUGAUAGUUAUUUACGUCCGGCCUACGGUUGGUCACUAAACGUCCCGAAGGGUAUGGGGACGUACUAAGCUUAUAGGAUAUUUAUAUACAGAGUCCUGCUCGCAAGAGAGGCCAAAACCACAAGGGGUAAAAAGACCUCCCUCACGAGCAGCCCCGGGUCCCUAAUCCCGUGGUGUUUUAGUGCCCCGUAGACCUUAUAGAAAG